AUGCCUGUGAGAAAAAUAUCACACAGUCAUCCGGAGUUUAUUAGUAUCAUAUAUAAGUUAGCCGAUAAAUGUAACAUAAAUCUGACAGAUUAUGUGGUCGUAUACGGGUGCGAGGAUGUGGACAGUUUCGUCCGAGGUAUUUAUAGAUUACGUUUAACAGGAAAUAGAGAUGGGCAGAAAAUUAAACUAGAUAUAGUGAUGAAAUGGCAUCCUGACCCAAAAACUCGUGCAAGUUUGAGAGACGCUUAUCGUCGAGAAUUUGUCUUCUACCGACAUAUCAUACCGCAACUGUUAGAAAUUCAAAGGAAUUUUAAAAAUAUUGAAGGAUUGAAAAUAAAGUUUCCAAACUGUGUUUUUGCAAGCAUAGAAUAUGACAAAGAAGUUCUCGCCGUGCAGAAAAUAAGCGAAUUUUCCUUUCGUGACAGAUUUCAUAAAAUGGACUUGCAACAUGUGUCAUUAGUGUUGAAACACUUAGCUAAAUUACAUGCGUUGUCGUUUGCCCUUGCAAGGAAUAGUCCGAAAAAGUUUAGAGAGAUAAAAGAAUUAUGUUCUAAAGAUGUUCAGUAUGGCGAUCCUGGUCCUGUACCUUCAUCAAUGAAAUAUUUUUACGAAGCUUCAGUGAAUGUAAUAUUAGAUACUGCAAUUAAAAAGAAAAUGAAAGACUUUGGACCAAAUAUACUAACAGCCUUGUAUAAAUGCACACAGUCUGAUAACUAUAGCGCUAUCUGUCAUGCGGAUUGUUGGAACAACAAUGUGGGAUUUAAAUAUAAGGGUGAGAGACCAGUUGAAGUAAUAUUUAUUGACUACCAAAUGACUCGUAUUGCCUCCCCAGUCACUGAUAUAUCCUACUUCCUAUACAUGUCUACAGAUCACGACUUUAUCAAGAAACAUUAUUAUCAUGUCCUCGACGUAUAUUACGGGACAUUAGCCGCAGUCUUACGACAAUGUAACUUAGAUGUAAAUGAAAUUUACCCACAAAGCAUUUUUCAAAAACACCUGAGUGAAUAUACGGUUCUCGGUCUAAUAGAAGCUUUAGUAUCCAUGAUGAUAAUAACAGCGGAGAAUGAAGAGGCGCUCAGAAUGACUGAACUGAAACAUGAAGAUACGAGUGAAUUUUUUUGCGAAAAUGAAAAGCAAGUCCGACCCUUAUUCGUCGAGAGAGUAAACGGUAUUGUUAGUGACUUCUUUGAAAAGAAUUAUUCUUUACAUGCAAUUUUACUAAGGUGA